AUCCAAUGCGUUGCGUAGAUACAAGGCAACAAAUGAUUGCGCUGUGACGGUGAAAAAGUGACAUGUUGCUUUCGUUAGGAACUUUACUUGAUAUUAGCAAUUAUCAUUAGUGUACAGGGAAAAAAUGUCAUUGGUGGUUCAACAUGGCCAACGAAGAGGAUCCGGGAAGAGUGCUGAAAACACCAAUGAGACAAUCAGGCUUCCAGAUCUCCGUCAGAUCACCGUUUUAACCAAGGCUGACUGGUCGAGGAUCCAGGAUGAAAUCAACCAAGUGGACAAGGAGAAGGAACGCAUGAUGGAGGCCACGAGGCAGAGGGAGGCCCUGCACCUGAAAUCCAAACAGAUGGCCAAACUGUGGCCGAACACGCUUGCCUGUCAAAGACAGAAGAAGCUGGAGGCAAAGAAGAUCCGGGACCAGGUGGAGGAGGAGAAAAGGAAACAGAUCGAUAUGGAGGAGGCCAAAUACCAAGAAGAAAAGCGGAAAGAGGCCGUUGAGAAGGCAAAGACGCAGCUCUACUAUGAAACGGAGCGAGUCAAAGGACUGCAUCGUGCACUCUUGCUGACAGAAGUUCUGAAGGAAAGAGAAGCUCAGAUCAAGCUGAAGCAAAGGAGGAAAAGCGCCUUCAAGGACCUGGACGAAGAAUACAUUCGGAUGCUGAAGGCCAGAGAGGAUGAAGCUCUCACAAAAGAGCAGGAGCGAACGCAACAGAAAAAACAGGAGAGCAAAGCUUUUGCCGAAGAACUGCGGAAGCAGAUGAAGGAAAAUCAGCUGGAAAGAGAACGACGGAAGCAUGAGACCAAGAAGGAGGGUGAGGAAAUCAGACGGCUUCAAGAGCUCCAUCAGUGGGAGCAAAAAAUGGAGGAGCAGUCGCAAGCCAGGCAGAAGAAAGAAUUCAUGAACGAUCAGCUGGAGCAUCUCGCUCAAAGGGAGAUUUCGAAGGCGGCGGAUGCGGAGACACAAGAGUUGGAGGAGGCGCAACGGAAACGGUUCCUUUCUGCAAAGGAGAAGAUGGUGAGGUUAAGAAGAGAUAAGGAGAAGGAGUUGCUCAGAGAGGUCCAGAAUCGCAGAGAGAAGAUCAUGGACAAGCUGACGUUGGCUCAGCAGGAGCAGAAGCAGCAGAACAACGCCGAGACUGUCGCCGAGUUGGACGCACAGAGGAUGCAGCGGCAAUGGGAGGAAGAGCAGAAGAGGGUGCAAAUGAUGAAGUCGAUCGCAGCUCACAGGGAGCACGUGAUCCAAGAGAAAGAGCGCAACGAACUGAUCGGAAAACAGAGAGAAAGAGAAAUUCUUCGAGCAAAGAAAGAAGACGACAGAAUAUUUGGCGAAGAACAGCAAAAGAAGUCCCAGAAGAUCCGGCAGGAGCUCCGAAAGAUACAAGACUUCAAUGCAAGCCAGAUGCUGGAGAAACAAGCCAGGCAGCAUCAAGUAAGGCUAGCGGAGCAGCAGUUUGAAGCCGAGAACAUGGAGCUCCUCGCCAAAGAAGAGCUCGGGUUCGAGCGGUACUCGAGGGCCGUGGUCCAAGCGGCCGCCGCCUCAGAGCGCAACGUGCUUCCGCUCUACAAGGCCGUGAGGGAAGGAGCGGCGGGGGGUCCGGCCUUCAUUGGGGCGAGACCUCGCUACCUCGUUCAGGACAGCAGUGGCGCCGAAAUGCCCAAAUAUGUCUCGGACGGCACGCGGGAUAUCAAGAAGAUCCACCAGGUUGAAGAUAUCGAAGAAGCAAAGAAGAGGCUCGGCUUUACGUGGUUUUAGAGCGCUGCCGGAGGGCCCGCGGAGAACUCAAAUGCGGGAGCGGUUGCUGGACUCUUCGUGCAAAAGUGAAUUCAAAAAUUUGUUUCAAAAUGCAUCAUUCGUAUGUGAAGGUCAUUUGUGAAAACAUUGAAGAUUGAGAAGAUUACUGUACUGGAGAGGGUCAAUAAUUGCCGU